CUCGCAAAUAACAACAAAGAUCGGCAAUCCGACGACGAUGAUGGCUCUCAUUACCUAAAAAACAACAAUAACAAUAAUGUCGUCAAUUCUGGUUCUCCCGAUGAUGCGCGAAAUGGUCAAAACUUGGUGGGGUUACGUCAUCUAACGGCGGGAAAUGCAAACAACAUAUUGACAGAUGGCAUUAAUAUUUUGACAGCUGAUAAUUUGUCUGUUAAUGAUAAGAUCAAUGGUAACGGCGAUUUUGUGUUUGGUCAUCUGGUCGCGGAAGUGGAAGAGGGUCCAUGGCCUUUGGGCAGGCCGCUCCCUCUACCGGUUUGGGCGCGAACCGAAAUGACGUCUGCCCAGUUGACGUUCAAUUCCAUUUGGGAAUACGAACAGUUGGCUUCGACGGUUGAAUAUCAUGUGCAAAAAGUUUUGGAGGAGCACAAUUAUAACACGGUUGGAAACUUUUUGCGAUUGUAUGAGGGUUUUAAGGCGAGCGGAUGUAGUAAUCUGUCGGAAUAUUAUCAAAGUUACACACCUCCUAUAACCUCGAAACAUCACACUUGCGUCGGUUUGGCUUUAGAAUUAAAACGACGAUUAUCGCGUUUGGCAAAACGAGACUUUCCCCAACUCUCAAAAUCGCUUUAUUUGACGUCGUGCGAAGAAGGUAUCGAUCCGUUAGGUUACUUGGCAUUGUUUGAAAAUAUCGACGACGUCAGCACCUGUUUAGAUAAAGAACACGUUUUGUUGGCGGGGAAAUUUGAAAUCGACGGACGACGUGGGGUGUUUUUAUGCGAUCCGGGGUACCACGUGGGUAGGGUUAUUACUGUUAUGGAAGAUCUAAAUUACCCCCAUACAGGUUGGUUUAUGCAAUCAGAAGAAAAUGCAAUUUCAAAGGAAUACAAUUAUAAUUUUUCGCCAAUAAACGAUAAUUUCAUCGAAUGGACCGAACGGACUACGAAAUCCGGCGUACAGCACACUUUCACGGCGUUGAUUUACGUGAAAUGCGCGUAUUUAACGGCCGUUGACGUCACGGAACGUCGUAAUUUGGUCUAUAAUUUCCGCAGUCUGCUCUCUCGCAACACAAAGGGUCGCUUGAAAGCUGGAAUUUAUUUCAAAAUCAAAGAAAAAUCGUCGGACGAGUUCACUUUGUUCUAUCACGAUGUCGCAAAACAAAGGGUGGUUCUUAAUUUUAACGCUUUUCUACAUCCGGAAAUGGUUAACGAAAAUAUUUUGAAAGCUGUCAAAAAAUGUAAUGAUCAAUUAAAUUUGAAAGACAACGAGUUAAUUGAAGUUAUAAAAUCGAUUGCUGAAGUUUUGGGCGAUAAAAAUUACGUAAAUCAAUUACUGGAGAUCAAUAAUUGUGUUAAUGUGAUGGCAGAAAAUAAUUAAAAGAAAAAAAUAUUUUUUUUUUAUUGA